AACGAUUACGUCUUCUUCUCGAUUACCAAAAAAAAGAAGAGGAAGAGCUGAAAGAUUCGCGACGAAGCAAAAGACAAGAGUGUGUGUGUUUAUCUAUCGCCGCCGUGUUCUGCUGUAGAGGAACCAAAGUUGGAAACUUUGAACUUUUCUCACUGUGUUUAGUAGUAAUUACUGAUCAUUCGAAUCUGGAAUUAAUGCAAAUGAGUGCUUAAUCUGUUGAAAAUUUUGAGUGUUGAAAGGAGAAGAAGAUGCAGAGGGUAAGGGUUUCAUCUCAAAGAGCAGCUGUGCAUAAGCUUGGUGAUUCUCAGAUGACGUUAUCUCCAAAGUUUAGAGUAGCUGCAACGUUUCAGUCGACAUUGUUCGAUAGAUCAUCGGACUUAGAGCUGUCUCUUAGAGGAGAACCUUUGAUUCCUGGUUUACCAGACGAUGUUGCGCUUAACUGUCUUUUAAGGGUUCCAGUCCAAAGCCAUGAAUCGAGUAGAUUCGUUUGCAAGAGAUGGCAUCUCUUGUUUGGUACUAAAGAGACCUUUUUCGCUAAGCGUAAGGAGUUCGGGUUUAAAGACCCGUGGCUAUUCGUGGUUGGGUUUAGUAGAUGCACUGGGAAGAUCCAAUGGAAGGUUUUGGAUUUGAGGAAUCUCACUUGGCACGAAAUCCCUGCUAUGCCUUGUAGAGACAAAGUGUGUCCUCACGGCUUCAGAUUGGUUUCGAUGCCUCGUGAAGGUUCUAUGUUUGUGUGUGGAGGGAUGGUUUCGGAUUCGGAUUGCCCUCUUGAUGUGGUGUUGAAGUAUGAUAUGGUCAGGAAUCAUUGGACUGUCACGAACAAAAUGAUAACCGCGAGGUCGUUUUUCGCUAGCGGUGUCAUCGACGGGAUGAUAUAUGCAGCAGGUGGGAAUGCUGCGGAUUUAUUUGAGCUCGAUUCUGCCGAGGUUUUGAACCCUUCAGAUGGUAGUUGGCGGCCAGUGUCGAACAUGGUCGCACACAUGGCGUCUUACGACACAGCAGUCUUAAAUGGGAAGCUUUUGGUAACAGAAGGAUGGUUAUGGCCAUUCUUUGUAUCCCCUCGAGGCCAAGUUUAUGACCCAAGGACAGAUCAAUGGGAAACAAUGCCAAUGGGGUUAAGAGAAGGAUGGACCGGGACGAGUGUAGUGAUAUAUGAUCGGUUGUUCAUAGUGUCAGAACUAGAGAGAAUGAAGAUGAAGGUUUAUGAUCCGGUUACAGAUUCUUGGGAGACGAUUAACGGUCCCGAAUUGCCGGAGCAGAUUUGUAGACCGUUUGCGGUGAACUGUUAUGGGAACAGAGUAUAUGUGGUUGGCCGGAAUCUUCAUCUUGCGGUUGGGAAUAUUUGGAGGUUGGAGAAUAAGUUUGGUGUGAGGUGGGAGGUUGUAAAGUCACCAGAGCGUUAUGCAGAUAUAACUCCAUCGAAUUCGCAGAUUCUUUUUGCUUAAAGGAAGCUGGCUGGUGUGGAUUCUUCAAAGAUGUUUGUGAAACCAUAUUGUAUGAAUAAGUAAACAUGUCUUAGAAAAUACAAUGAGGUUUGUACUAUACUAUUGUACCAUAUGCUAUUGUACUAUUGUACUAUUGUACUAUACUAUAACUUAUGUCCGAAAGUGUUAUAUAAAAUACAUGGACUGAAAUUAUUGUUCUUA